AUGUCUUAUCAUAAUCAAACACACCAAGAACGAGACAAUCUACAAGAACAGAUCAUCCGGCUCAGAAUACGCACCGCAGUGCUUGAGAAUGAAUUGAAUAUUAAGACCAGAGAGGCGGCGGAGGCAGAGCGGAGCAUGAUUCUGGUUGCUAAGGCAUUUGUUGGCCACCCUGUCGGUACCUCCAUUUCCCCUACCUAUAGAGAAGGAAGGAAGAUUAACCACGAAUAUACGCAGGAGUGCGGCGAAGAAAAUGGAGCAUCACUGAGGGAACAAGUUAGGAUAAUGGAGAGAGAAAUCGAAGACUUGAGAAGGGAGAAUAGGGCAUAUAAGGAGAAGAUCAAGAAGAGCCGUCAAGUCAAUGCCUUGAUUCCACUUGCACCUGCUGGAGUUCGGUCACAUGAGGGACAGCCAGCAAAUACUUCGAUUCCUGCCGGAGGUUUAGGGCCUCAUACUCCCGAAGCUCAUUCUGAGAAUGUCUUCUUUUCCUUGGCUGCACCUUCUUCGCCUUUGUUGCCCGCUAACUACUCGGCUGGUGUGGCCAAUAUUGGCAUCAUAUCGUUGAAUGACGAACUUGGACCCGAGGAUGAGGAUAUCCCAAACACUCCAUCCCCAUCCCCCAAGGCAAAGGAUGCAGCACAUGCGCCCUUGAGCAAGGCCAUCAGCCCCCAAGACUUUCUGGGCGUUACAUAUGAAGCCCUAGUCAAUAAAUCAAGUUUAGGUGCUAUACAACAAUUUCGAAAUGUGCCUACUCCAACUGUUCUGAAGACGGGUUUUGAGCUAAAUGGAAGCUACCGGGGCAGAACUUAUGAAGUGGGAGGAGGUCCUGCCAAUUCAGAAGACGAUUCCACUCGCCAAAUACCUGCUCAGGGUUACCUUGCUCAGUCCAGGUACGCCCAUGCUGACGACAAUUUACCAGGUGGCGUUAGGAUUUGGAAGUCAAGCGAGGAGAAGGCAUCGUCUAUGUUUAAUCAGACCCAGUCCGUUGGUCCCCAAGAUCUUCGAUGCCCCAACAUCUUCAAAUAUGGCCUUACAUAUGUGCCUACCAAAGAAGACUCCAACUAUAUCCGGACAGUUCACAUCGGUAACUUGCCAAAGGGCAUCCAUCUCCGGGACGUACUGAUGCGGGUCCGCGGGGGGCAGAUUGUUUCGGCCAUCCUCGCCGACACGACUUCUAUUACCGGUAGCGCGACCGCAAUUAUUGAGUUUGUCCAUGAGACUGCAGCCGAAGACUAUGCCCGUUUCACAUCGCUCCACCCGAUUACCUUCGAUGAUGAUGACAAAAUCACCGCAGAUGUUACUCACAUCCACACGCCGACCUAUCCACUUACCUCUGCGAACAAGUACAAUUUGCUCAAUCGCAACCAAACACGUUGCUUUUGCAUUCGCAGCUUCCCGAACAACAUGGCGGUAUCAGACCUUCAGCAUCGCUUCUCGGGCAGGAAUCGCCACCGUGCCAAUUGCCUUCUCGAAACAUAUUUUGACGAAGAAAAGAAUUUGCAUCUGGAGUUCUCAAGUCUCCUUGCUUCGGGAAAUGCAAGGGCAGUACUCUCUAGUUGGAGCCCCUACCGGGACAUGGAAGUUCAAUCUGAGCCUGACCCAUGCGCAAGGCCGGUCGAGGAGUUGUUGCUUGACGUGCCGAUGAGAAGACCGUUCGUUCCUAAGGCUGGAUUUAUUGAUUCUCGUGAGGUGCAGCGGGGCCUGGGUGGUCAUGAAAUUGAACUAGAUGGAUAUGAUGAUAGCGAGGUAGCACUGGGUCGUGGCGGGGUUAUUCAAAACGCGGACGAGAUCGUGUUGGACAUCUAG